GGUUCAAUGUAUGAAGAUGGCUCCUUUUCCAGAUGAAGUGGAUGUUUUUACUGGCCCACACUGGCGAAUGAAGCAGUUGGUGGGCCUAUACUGCGAUAAGCUAUCGAAGACCAAUUUCUCCAACAACAAUGAUUUUCGCUCAUUUCUUCAGUCACUGUGUGCCACCUUCAAAGAGUUCAAGAUGCAUGAGCAGAUUGAGAAUGAGUACAUUAUUGGGCUGUUGCAGCAGCGCAGCUGCACUGUCUACAAUGUGCACUCUGACAACAAACUCUCAGAAAUGCUGUCCCUUUUUGAGAAGGGACUCCAUAAUGUCAAGAGUGAAUAUGAGCAACUUAAUUAUGCCCAGCAACUGAAGGAGAGGCUUGAGGCUUUCACACAGGACUUUCUUCCCCACAUGAGGGAAGAGGAAGAGGUGUUUCAGCCCAUGCUGAUGCAAUACUUUACCUAUGAGGAACUCAAGGACAUCAAGAAACAGGUGAUAGCACAGCACUGCAGCCAACAGCAAUGGGACUGCGCCGCUGAAGUGCUGAAGGGACUCAGCUUAUGGAGCCAGGCAGAGGAGCUGCAGAAAGUCCUCAAAUAUGCUGAUCACGAGAAGUCGGAUGAUGAACUGGAGCAGAAGGGGUUUCCCUUGACCCACAUCUCCUGGCUUCCCACAGAGCUCAUGCUGAGGCUGUUCCAGUACUUGGGCCCUGAAGAUUUAUGUCGCUGUAGUCAAGUAUGCACCACCUGGUCAGAGCUGGCCAAGACUGGAACUCUGUGGAAGCACCUCUACCCUGUACGCUGGGCCAGAGGGGAUUACUAUCAUGGUCCUCCUGGUGACCUUGACCAGGAGCCAGAUGAGGAGUGGGUGAGAAAUCGUGAGGAUGAAGGGCGGGCCUACCAGGAUUGGGAUGAGGAUGCGGAUGUGGAUGAAUCUGAUUUGUCUUUGCAUAUGGAGGGCUCCCUGGCAAUUAGCACUGCUCAGAGGGAGAAAAAGCUUCUGAAUGGGAUGAUUCAGAACCUUCUGCCAGCUGUGGGCUCUUCUGUCAAGUCUAUUGUUCUGGCCUACAGUUCUACCGUCUCCAGCAAGAUGGUACGUCAGAUUCUCAGUCUCUGCCCUAAUAUCACUCACUUGGAUUUGACCCAGACUGAUGUUACAGACUUUGCAUUUGACAGUUGGUCUUCUCUGGGGGCUUGUCUCUUUUUGGAGCACCUUGACUUGUCAGGGUGCGAGAAGAUUACUGACCACACCUUGAAGAAAUUGUCUGUUGGGCUAGGGGAUCUGAUGUCUUCACAUGAGAAAGGCUUCGGCCGACGAGUCGCCAGGCUCCUCAAGAGUCCGGUCCCCAUUUGUUUUCUGGAUGAGAGUGACCUACGUCCCCCUUGGCGGAAGCGGCAGGCAAUUGUUUUCAAGCACAGGGUCAGCCGUAGGGACACUGUCUGCACUCCCACCCAAGUGUGGGUCUUGGACACCUCAGACCUUGCUGAUAUUGAGGAUGCAGCAGAUUGGAGCCGUCGUAGUGGUGCGUCUACCUCUGAGGGGAAGAGCAUUGUAGAGACCCAGCUUGUGGGAGGCUCUUGCUGCUGCAGGAGGAGCAGGAGGCGGGGGCACAGGACUGGCUUUAAUGCCUCCUAUUUUCAUCAGCAGUAUGCCAUGUCAGGGGAGAUACUUUGUCACUCCACCUGCUGCACUGGCAACAUGGCCCUCAGGACUUUAACGGGGCUGCAGUGUGAGUCAGGCACCAUCAGGUGCAGCAAUUCAGACUUUCGGACUAUAUGCUCCUUUGGGGGCCUGCCAUGUAAAGAGCAGGAAAACAGGACUUGCCCAUCAGAGGCUAAAUGCUCACUGAGAUUUCUCAGUCUCUCGGGAUGCUACCAAGUCACUGAUCUGGGCUUGAGGGCUCUGUCUCAGCUUGGGGGGCUUCCCCUCUUGGAACAUCUCAACUUGUCUGGUUGCCUCUUCAUUACUGAGGUGGGGCUGCAGGAGCUGGUGUCUGCCUGUCCCGCCCUCAAUGAUGAGCACUUCUAUUACUGCGACAACAUCAAUGGCCCGCAUGCGGACACGGCCAGUGGCUGCCAGAACCUGCAGUGUGGCUUCAGGGCCUGCUGUCGCUCCGGAGAGUGAACUUGCUCAGUGUCCCUCUCCCAUCUUGUCAUGUCUUUUUGUAUUGCACUUUAAACUGGG